GCGCGUGCAAUGCACGCGGUGCAUGCUGUCAUGCUAUUUUUGUAGAAUCAGAUUAUCUGUUUGAGUUUAGAGUUUGAGUUGAGUGCCAACCGGUAUGGCUAUGUUCGUAUGAAAACGAAAUUUCCUUACCGGUUCGACAAGAAAUAGAGAGAUUCGUACUCGUGGACCUAUGGAGGUUGCGUAGGAUACGGUACAUGCGUUAGACCUCGUGACAGUCCUGCAGCUUGAUCUCAAUGUCGUCUUUGCUCAGUGUGAAGAAGAGGUCUGGCGAAGGCAGUGGAGAUUCCAAUGACGAGAAGUUUGCGCUUAGUCAACUCAGCCGAGCCUCCCCAAGCGGAGACCCGAGCGUAAUGCCGGGAUUUUCCAGUGACAAAGAGGAUGAUGAGACCAGGAAUCUAGUUGAGCCGGCAAUGACCAACCCUACAGCAGCCUUCCCAAGGCCUGCUUUCAAAUUGUCGAAUGGCAUCCCUACAAGAUGGCAAUUGGCACUGCUGAGCAUGUUUGGGUUCAUGUUCCUGUAUGCUCUCCGCUUCAACAUCAGUCAAGCGCUUGUGGCAAUGACAGGAAAUGUUACUUACUGCAACGGCACACCAGCAAAUCCCCAGUUUAAUUGGUCGUCUGAGGCUCAAGGAGUUAUACAGUCAUCAUUCUUCUACGGAUACACUGCCAUGGCUCUACCCGGUGGCUGGUUGUGCGGCGUCUUUGGAUCUAAGCGUGUGAUUGCCGUGUCCAUGACGAUCAACGCGCUGCUGUGCUUGCUGACGCCGGUGAUGGCCACGGCCGGUGUGCCGUAUCUCAUCAUGGUGCGUGUGAUGCAAGGACUGGUGCAGGCACCGUUCUACCCAGCCAUGCACCGCAUGUGGGGCAGGUGGGCACCGCAGGCCGACGUGGGCGCCUUGUCAUCACUGUCCUACUCGGGUCCGUACAUUGGCAAUAUUCUCAGCUAUCUCUUAGGAGGGUUUCUCAGCGAGAGCGGCUUUGGUGCAUCCAGCGGGCAAACUUACUGUGGUGCUAACUGGCCAUCUAUAUUUUACGUUUUUGGUGCUGGCGCUCUGGCGUGGACCGUUAUCUGGAUGUUCCUGGCAUUUGAGACACCUGACGUUCAUCCACGUAUCUCUCAUGCUGAACGUACGUACAUCAUCAAGAAUCUUGCACAUGACAAUGCUGAUCCAGAAGAUCGAAUUGAGGACAAGCCCUAUAGUUUCCUGGACUUGUUCCCAAUCGUGGCAUGCCUGCCGCGACGCUACGUUCAGAACUGCCGCAUCCCAUGGCGUGCCAUAGUGACGUCUAAACCCGUGUGGGCGCUGUGCUUCAGCCUGUUCACGUUCGACUACGGCAUGUACACCCUGAUGACCAACGUGCCAAAGUACUUGAACGAGGUGGAGAACUUUGACGUGGCGUCGAGUGGAAUCUUUUCGGCACUGCCAUUCCUGUGUAUGUGGAUUUUCACCUUAUUGGCUGGAGCCGUAAAUGGGCUGUCCAUAGUGCAGAACAACCUCUCAUUCAACGUACAGCGAAAGUCACUAACAUUGAUUGGUACUAUCUUCCCGGCAGGUUUUCUCAUCCUUGCCGGCUACUCAACAUCACGCACAAGUGCAGUGGCGUACAUCACAGCCUCGGCCGGCAUCAGCGGUGUUCAGAUGAUUGGUGCUGGAAUCAAUCAAAUUGACUUGGCGCCACGCUAUGCCGAUGUCCUCAUGGGCUUUUCAAACCUCUUUGCCAGCAUGGGUGGAAUCCUGGCGCCGUAUUUCGCCGCUGUGUUGACGCCUAAUCACACGGCCGCCGAAUGGCGACUUGUGUUCUUCAUCACGUCCGGCAUGUUUGUUGCCGGCGCAGUGGGCUUUGCUAUCUUCGGCUCGGCAGAACACCAAUGGUGGGCACUCGGGGACACGCAGAAGAGGCCAGGCGGUGCCAGUGGCGCACACUCUAGACUCUCCAGCAAGAACCAUCGCAAUUCUGAGUCACCGUUGCUCGAUCCAGCUGAUAGUGGUGCCGAGACCGUCCAGUACUCAGUGUAGCACAGGACAGUGUGUUGCUGACGCGUGGGUGUAGCUUACGUAUAGACUGACUGAACUACAGGAGCAUGCGUUCCUAAUGCGUCUGUGUAGCUCACAUAUACACUCAACCACAGGAUGGUGUGUAGCACUGCAGUGUCAUCCACACAUAAUUGUGGACACUGGUCACCUAGUUUACUCCUAUACCUAUUAUUUGUCUAUUACUACACAAUCUCCCUGGAUGGAGUCCUUGUGUCGUUGUCUUUACUCCUGUAUUUUUGUUAAUCCUGCAUCGGCUUUAUGUUUUUACCAGUUUGUUUGGCGCGUGCACACCUUCACGUGGAUUACAUCAAAGUGUUUUCUGCAUUGUAGUUUUACUUCAGACACCUCUCCUCCUCACCCCCCACCCCACCUCCGGAUUUAGAUUUAGAUCACUGGAAUCAUCUAUGCCCCUACAUUUCUUGGUUGGGCACUCAACUCAGUAUGGAGGCAACUUUUCUUUUUUUUUAGGAAUCACCACUGCUGUUGGUCAUCAACUUGGCCACUCGGUUAUUGCACAUGCUGUUGAUUUUUUAUUCCCUCUCAUACUCGGUUUCUUGAUUACAGCGUAUUUCUAAAUAUCAGUUCCUAUAUCAUCAUCUUUGAUUUCCAGCUGACCAGGCGAUUUCUGGACAUAUUUCUUAUACUUUUGACAACCUCUUGUUGUGCCCUUCUCUUCCCUCUCCGUAGAUGGGAAACUGGUCGUACCGGGUGCUUUUUAUUUGUGAAGAGUCGUCGACACCAGUAUACUAAUAACCUGUAAUAUGUAUGAUUUGUUAACUAAUUUAGUGAUUACAGUUGACAGCAA